CCACUUUCUUUGAAGAACCGCAAUGUCAUAAUUUCGUAUAGUUACAAAUUUUUUUUCUGUCAUUAGAGUGUAUUGGAUCUGAUUUCAAGGCCGUUGCUCGAUCUUCUUCGGGAAGUUUUGGACAGAAGAAAUGGAAAACAAUAAACUGGAUGAUCGGCCGGCGCUCACAGUUUGAACUGCAUUAAACCAAUUCGGCCCGACACAGAUUUCGAAUUCUGGGUUUUAAUUAACAGCUUCUUGAGCACGCACCUUUCUUCCCGACUUUUGUCCAAAGCGGCCGCCAGUUAGAUUUAAAACGCUUACAAAAGAACAUCGGAAAUAUUACUAGCUUACCAUGUUCAGAUCUUUGAUAAAUAGAUCUUUGAUCUACUUAUGUGUCAUAUUAAUAAACUUGAAUUUGGUUAUUUCUACGUUGCUUUUUACCACCAAUUCUGAGUAUGGGAUAUUCAUGGCCAUAUCGGUGCCCAUUGGCUUGCCACAUCGCAAUGUCUUUCUGUCUUACAAUUACGAGUUUAACUACUAUCAGCCGGAGCACGUGUACAAAUAUCCUCCGAUUUUGAUGGGUCAGGACUUUGAGGACAGCUAUCUGACAUAUCCCACGACGGGACGUGAGGCCAAAGGAGGAUACUGCCAUAAUUGCACAGAUUGGAGAAUAGAGGGAAAUAGCACAACCCCAAGUAAUUCGUCGACUAAAGCGGCAUCUCGUGAAAAACGUGCCUUAACUUUAAUGAGUCGCUCUGUUUUUUAUGCCAUGUUAAGGGAUAAAUUAAGAAGGUCUGGUUUUCCAGCUGAAGCCUGUUUACUGCGCCUUAUAUGCGAUACAAAUGCAUCUCAACUGGGCGAAGUUAAUGGAUUUUUGGGCAGUCUAGUUCACAUUAUAUUCAGUCCCAGCAGCUCCAAGGAAGAGCACCUGCCCCAUGAGUAUUACCAAGCCGAAUGGGAUGGUCGAAACCAUCAGGAGUGCUCCGCUUACUCCAAGACCUGCGACCAUGACAUAUUGGACCUGAUUUCUGUGCCACUAGAGAAGGCUCUUGGCGACAUUGUAAGCCGACGAAGAAGCAAAUAAACUUA